UUCUUUCGAAACCCCUCUUUCCCUCUCGCUAGCUUUUGAAAUCGAAAAUCCUGCCUCCUAUGUCCGGAUUCGAAGCCCUUGGCGCCGCGGCCGCAGCGGGGCAGUUCCUGGAGCAGGGAUACAAGAUUGCUAAGUUUUGCCACGCCCUGUACCGCCAGGUCAAGGACGGCCCGGAAGCGAUCCGCCAACGAAUCGAGCAGCUCGAGAGCCUCCAAGCCGUUGCAACGCGUACACAAAACACCGAGUCGUUGCAGACUGCCGAAGCCGAAAAGAUCCUCGUCCGAUGCAGAAACACGGCUGAGAAAUUGCUGUCGCUUCUUGGCACCCUCAAUUUCGAUCCCGACGAUUCAACGACGACGAAAACAUGGCGGGCUGCCUGCAGUAUGCACAAAGAGGAGGAGAUCCUUGAGCAAUUUAGAAUACUCAACGAGGAGAAGAGCAUGCUGAACCUUCACAUCAGUAACUUGAUCUCGGAAACUACGACAGCUACCCACGAAUCAGUGAACGCAGGCUUUUUUUCUCUUGAAUCCAAGCUGGAAAAUCUGGAGAUAGCAUCUGAUCCCGCCUCGGAGAAGCAGAAAUGCUUUCGUGACCUCUUCACCACGGACCCCGCAGCUGACCGUGCAAGCAUCAAGACGAAAAAGGGCGACCUUGUCCAGGGAACCUGUGAUUGGAUUGCGGGGAAGGGCAAGUUUACGGACUGGCAAGACUCCGAUGCUGGUCUUCUCUGGAUCUCCGGUGGCCCGGGUAUGGGCAAGACAAUGCUGUCUCUCCAUCUCGCGGAGCAUGUCCUCGCCCAGCCAAGCAAGCAAACUGUUUUCCUUCAAUUCUUCUGCGACGUUGAUUACCCCCUGCGAGACAAUGCUAUGUGCAUUGUCAGGAGUCUUGUUUCCCAGCUGCUCGGGGCGAAAGAGCACCUGGUUCGCCACAUUCUCCCAACCUACCAGAUUCAGCGAAAAAGACUCUUUCAGCCUUCUUCCUUGGAGGACCUUUGGAAGAUCUUCGUGAACAUGGUCCAACAUCUCAAAGACUGCCGAGUGGUUUGUCUCCUUGACGCAUUGGACGAAUGCAAAGCCGAGUCCUUGGAACUGCUUCUUUCCAAGCUCGACAAGGCUGUUACUGUAGAACAUCCACUGAAGCUUGUUGUCAUCAGCCGUGAGCAUCCUCGGUGCUUGAAACAUUACCUGGGGAAGUUUCCUAGACUUCAUCUCGACACGGACGCCAAAGAGGAGAUCAAGGCCGGAAUGCAGAAGUUCAUCGACACACGGCUAGCGGAGCUGUCACAGCUCGAACAGCAUCCUGCGCUGCGCGGGCGCGUGAAGGAAACCUUGCACACGCGGUCGGACGGAAUCUACCUUUGGGUCAGCUGCGCUGUCAAGGAACUGCAAAAUCUCGAAGUGUCAGAGAUGGAGGCCCACCUGCAGGGGUUGCCAAAAGGACUCAAUCCACUGUACGAGCGAAUGCUCCAGCAAGUCGAGGCAAGUCAGCGGGACUUUGUGCGAAGUAUCCUGAGAUGGUGUGCUUUUGCCAUCAGGCCCUGGGAUCUAGAGGAUCUAAUCGCGAUGCUCAAGAUCCAAGGCACCGAGGCUCUUACACCAAUCGAGGUUCUUCGCGGGAGGCUGGGACAUUGUGGACACCUUGUGAAUAUCUCGGAGAAGACAGUGACGUUCGUGCAUCAGAGCGUUUACGACUUUCUUACACAAGUUCCUCCGCAAGGGAAGCCCACCCCCUGGUUCUCUCUCGAAGACGCCGGACAGCAACAUGCAGACUUGGCAAGCGUUUGUCUCUCUUACAUGGAAUUCCGUUACAGUUACAAUUAUUGUUACAGAGAUGAAUUGGCCAAAUGGCCAACACCUGGUUGCACUCUUAUCUAUUACGCCACGAGCAAUUGGGACCGCCAUUUCCGCCUGUCAGCUCAGCAUGCAACCAGCGUCUUGAAAGCACACCCUGAGAUUUUUGACAAAGAUUCCAAGAUUCUCGACAUGUACAUCGACGAGUUCAGGACAUAUCACGCGCUCGGCCCGUUCAAGAGACGUAACGCGUUCGGCGAAACGCACCAGUCUAAUCGGCUGGAACUGGUUGCCGCAGAUCUAGGGCUUGACGUGCUGAUGCAGCACAUCCACAAGGGAAAGCCAGCCAUGUUCCGACGUGUCAAGAAUAACAUCACAGAGCCCUUCCGCGUCAAGUUUGGCGGAACCACGCCUCUCCACCUUGCUGCGGCCAGAGGGCACCUUUCGAUCGUGGAGAUGUUGAGGACCGAGAUGCCGCUUGACCUCAAGGACGAUUACGGGUGCACACCGCUGUGUUGCGCUGCAAAAGGGGGACACACAGCGGUAGUUGAACUCCUGCUCAAAUCAGGGGCUGAUAUUUCCGUUGGAGACCCCCUAGAAUGGGCUAUGAUGGAGCUGCGAGUAGAGGCUGUGAAGUUGCUACUUGAAUGGUCACCUUCUCCUUUCAUCACAGUCAGACAUUUGGAAAGAGCGGCCCAGAUCUGUUUACCAACCAAUACCGGCAAAGACUCACUGCUAUCUUUAAUUCUCCCGCAUUUCAUCCGCCAAAAGAACCAGAAGAUCAGCUCUCGUAGAAAGCCAUCAUCUUCGAACAAGAACCUCGACCUUGAUUUGGACCAGGCAGGCCUCAUCAACUCUGCUGCAUAUGGCAAGUCGUCAGCAGAGACAAUGAGAUUACUCCUCCAGCAACCUGGCAUUGAUCUCCGCCCGGAGAACUUGGCGGGCCCCCUUAAGACGGCGCUCGAAUUCGCCGAUGUCAGGGUGGUGAAACUGCUCGUGGACGACUAUCAUGCGCCACUACCAACAGCCGGGGGCGACGGACGCAAAGGGGCAGUCCACUACGCAGCAGCUGACGAGGAUGACGAUCGCGCUGUGCAGAAACUACGGUUUCUUACCAAGGAGCGCAUGCAUGAUCCCAACUCGUGGACGCCAGGGAACACCUCAGAAACGGCCUUGUCGAUCGCAUUAACGAGCCGCAAAUUGAAUACUGUACGGUGGCUUGUCAACGAAUGCAACGUCGAUCCUGAAGCCUUCUGUUUUCUCCACAAUGGCCAAGGUGAAAAGCCGAUUCAUCGUGCUGUAAUAAGCACCGAUGUCAAGGUGGUUUCGAUGUUGAUCGAUGAGAUGAAAGUGGAUGUCGAUGGAUUGAGUGAUACAUUGGAAACCCCCUUGCAUUACGCAGCGGAGCAUUGUCAUUACAACAUGGAUAUGUACCGGUGUCUGUUGGCAGCUGGUGCUGAUAUCAAGAAGAAGGAUAGCAGGGGGAGGACGCCUCGAGAUGUUGCAUGGAUGUGGCAUUUGCCUUUGUUCGACCAAGCUGUUGAGGAACACCUUGGCCAGAGGCAGCGCUGACCUCAAUUCAAGUAUCAAGUCAAGUAUUUCAAGUAAGUUGACGGCCCAAUAUAUUUCAAGUAAGUAAGUUCAUAAUGCCUCAAACUUGAUUUACUUGAAAUACUAUAUAGGACAUGCGAAUCGGGCUCCCCCAGGCUUGAGUCCUGGGGGACUCGAUGGAAUUCGCGUGGGUAGUUAAUAGAGGCAUUUUAUUUUAUUAAAA